GAAAAGUUGGGAUAAAGCCUUGAAAAAUUGUGUCAAAAAAAUCGUGACUUAAUAGCGGGAUUCUUGUGCCUUCGGUAUUACAAAUUUAGCCUAAGGAUUUCAUAUAAAUACACAAAUUUUGAUCAUGAAUAAUGGAUUUGACGAAUGGGGUGGCUAUAUGCAGGCAAAGAUUACUAAAUUGGAGGAACAAUUUAGUAAUGCCAGCAAUCCUUUUAAAAAAUCUGAUCUUUUCGCGGGCAUUUCUAUUUUUGUCAAUGGUUUAACAAAUCCUUCAGCCGAUGAGUUGAAACGUAUUAUGAUGAUACAUGGUGGUGUAUUUCAUCAUUAUGAACGUUCACAUACUAGUUUUAUAAUAGCUGAAAAUUUACCAGAUGUUAAAGUACGCAACUUCAAUACUAGUAAAAUUAUAAGCCCGCAAUGGGUCGUAGACUGCGUCAAAGAACAACGUAUUCUUGACUAUGCCCGCUAUUUGCUGUACACUAAUCAAAAGACUUCGCAACCUAGUAUACAGUUUAGUUUAAACAAAAAGACUGAUGUUUUAAAGCUAUCAUCGGCUAAAGAGUUCGAUCCUAAAGAAAUUCAAAAUCAAUUGACGAAUAUUAAUCAGGGUCUAGCGGAGUUAAAUGCUAGUUCCGCUAAUUACAAAACUACUAUUACUUCUAAUACGGCACUUACAGCAGUUGAUCCAAAGUUUCUUAAUGAAUUUUUCAACAACUCGCGUUUGCAUCACAUUGCUACAUUGGGAGCAGGUUUUAAGCAGUAUAUUAGCGAAUUGAGGCAACAACGUAAUGGAUAUGAUUUUCCUGCCAGACAGCAGCUUAAAGAAAAGUUGGGUAAAACGUAUCCAACACAACACGCGAUUAAUAAUGCUGGCAAAAAUUGCAUUAUGCAUAUCGAUAUGGAUUGUUUUUUUGUAUCUGUGGGAUUGCGUAAACAUCCGCAUCUUAGGGGAUAUCCAGUAGUAGUAACACAUUCAAAAGGCGGCUCUUCAGCUUCCGAAAUCUCAGUGAAUUCUCAAGCUGAUCGACAAGCCGAAAUGGAACUGUUCGAAAAACGCUUUAAACAGCGUCUACACAAUAACAUUCUAUCGGAUAAAGUGCGUGGCGGUUUCGAAAGUAAAUUGUCUCUAUCAGAAAUAGCCUCAGCUUCUUAUGAGGCUCGAGCCAAAGGUAUAUACAAUGGCAUGUUCGUGGGUCAGGCUUUGACACUGUGCCCGGAAUUAAAAACUAUACCAUACGACUUUGAAGGUUACCGAGAAGUGGCUUUCACUUUGUACAAUACUAUUGCCCAGUAUACCUUAAAUAUAGAGGCAGUCAGCUGCGAUGAAAUGUUUGUUGAUUUAACCGAAGUGGUAAAAUCCCUUGAAAUUCCUGUUAUGAAUUUCGUAAAAGCUAUACGCAGAGAGGUAAAAGAAAAAACUGGCUGCCCUUGUUCAGCAGGGGUGGGUGCUAAUAAAUUGCAGGCUAGAAUGGCUACGAAGAAAGCCAAGCCCGAUGGUCAGUAUUAUUUAGAAAGUGAUAACGUAUGGGCUUAUAUGUCGAAUAUAUCGAUAGAAGAGUUACCUGGCGUAGGCAGCAGUACGGCUUAUACAUUAAAGGAGGCCAAACUAAAGAGUUGUGGCGAUUUGCAAAAAUGCUCUUUACCCCGUUUAAAAGAGCUGGUUGGCAAAAAGUUGGGUGAAACCUUAUAUCAAUUUUGUCGUGGUAUUGAUCCGAGACCGCUGGUUUUCGAGCAAAUACGCAAAUCUAUAUCGGCAGAGGUUAACUACGGUAUACGUUUCAAGAAAUAUGCAGAAUUAGAAAUAUUUCUUAAGCAGUUGUCGGAAGAAGUUACAAAACGUUUAAAAGACAUUAAACGUAAAACCAAAUGUUUAACGCUAAAGCUAAUGAUACGAGCGAAAGAUGCACCCAAAGAAACAUCCAAAUUUAUGGGUCAUGGUGUCUGUGAUCAUAUCACAAAAUCGGUACCCCUUUCAGCGUAUACCGACGAUUUAGAAAUAAUAACCCGAACUACAUUAGCAACCAUGAAAUCCUUGAAUUUACCCCCAGACGAAUUGAGAGGUAUUGGUAUACAGCUUACAAAAUUAGACGAACCAAACGAAUUUAUUGAUAGACCAAAAGAGAAUAUAAUCAAGUGCAUGUUUUCUAAAGUUAAAGAAAAACAAAAAGAGAUCACUAUCAUGAAUGGAAACGGAGAAGAAAAGGAAAAAUAUGAAUCUUUUAAAACAAUUGGAAAAGAAAAUGUAAUGUUUCCAAUUACAGAGAAGCAACCAAAAACGUGUCUGGAAAAAAAGGUAAUUAAGAAGGCGCGUAAGACAGAGAAAAAAGAUAAAGAUCGUAUGCCGGAUGUUAUUAGUAUGUUGAAAAAUAAUGCCAACAAGCCGCGAAGUGUGAAAAAGCAAACCAUACCCAACGAUUUAGAUCCCGAAGUAUUUAAUGCUUUACCUUUAGAUAUAAAAAACGAAAUUCUUGAAGAACGAGGUUAUCGUCCUCUAACGGAAGAGCGGUCUUCAAGUACAAAUUUAUGGGAUUUCACUGAAGGUGAAUUGCAACCGUCAACUUCAAAGGAAGCGGAAGCAAAACGCCUAAACGAACGAAUAACAGAUUUUCCAAUCAAAAAAUUUAUGGAGCCAAUGGAAAAUUGUCAGAUUGAUAAUGCAUUCUUGGAUGCUUUACCAAUUGAUUUAAGAGCCGAAAUUGAAGAACAAAUGAUAGCAUCCGAACCAUCACUUCCAAUUAAUCAAAAUCUUGCAGAGUGUUCAAAAGCAAUUACUCAACGAAGAAAUAUCUUCCAACAGGAUAAUUGCCAGCAAUUACUUCUAGCUUGGAUCGAAAGUACUAACACACCAGAAAGUUACGAUAUUGAGCUAAUCUGUCAGGAUGCUCGCCAGGUUAUAAGACAUAAAGAACUGGAUCAACUUUAUAGUUCUUUACAGUAUAUGAUACAGUUACUUAACGGUCGUAGUAAGUCUGUGGAGCAUGAGGAUUGUCUGUGGCAUGCAGUCCUUCAGCUUUUACAAGAAACGAUUGACAAAGAAAUGCGUGUAAUCUUCGAUGGCCGAAAAUUGCAUCUACCUUUAAAAUUGAAAUGUGAUAAAUGUGCAAGCGAUGAAUAAAUAUAGCAAAAUGUUGUAUUCAAAGUUGUUGUUAACCCGCACGUUAUUAGUAUGUAAUCCCAAGAGGUAAAGAAAAAAAUAAAAAAAAGAAAAGGAAAAGGAAAAACGACGUUUUAAACUAACUGUACGAUUACAUAACGAUCUUAAUUUCCUCAGGUGAAUAGUAUUCGUGUAAUUAUAAAUUUCAAGACCUUUGUCUACUCUAAUUUUGAUU